AUGCGUCGCACGCUAUGCCGCCUCUCAACGCUCGUCAAGAUAGGCCGUGGGGCGGAGAACGUGACGGAGACGGCUAGCAACGCCCUCCUGGAGUCGCUCCAGUUGCACGGCUACUGCUACGUGCAGCACCCAUUCAUUCAAAAGGAAAUCUUGGAUCAGCUUCACCGCGACAACCGCAUCUUCUUUGAACGCUACAUCGUGGGCACCGCCGUCGCCGCGCAGCAGCAGCCGCCCCUCAUGCCUCUCUCGCCGUACGAGCUGGAGAGCAUCAAGACGCCCUCCGGGUUUCGUGGCUACUACCGCUACGUCGGCGCCAGUGGGCUGGAUGACGCCAUUGAGUGCUUCUCCAUCGGUCGCGAGGUGGAGGCCCCGGCGGAAUUGCGCGAGGCGUACUACAAACUGAGCGGCUGGAGCGAGGAGGAGUACAAGCCGCUCAUUAGCCGACAGACGCCCUGGCAGGUGCUGCUUAACCGCCCCCACGUCGACACGGGCAGCCCCAGCACCGACACCUUCAUGGCCGACUACCGCGAGAUGAUGUUGGCCUACUACGACCUCUGCGCCGAGGUCUCACUGGACGUGCUGCGGCACAUCAGCUGCGGAUUAGGCGUGCGCCCAUCGAAUCCGCAGGGCGGUCCGGACCCGGAGAGCGGCUACGACCUCGACUUCUUCACCCCCUUUCACAACAAGCUGGACUUUGACCUGCAGGCAAAGUACUACCCGCAGCUUGGGCAGGUGACGCGCAUGAAUAACGGUGUGGAGAUUAAAAACGCGCGCUCCGCCGCAAACCCGCAUGGGGCAAAAGUGCUGCGCCGCAAAGGCGCCCUCGCCCAGCCCCUGCUGAAGGAAGGUGCGGCGGAGGCAAGCGGAGACGUGACCGUCCGCCUCGACACACACAAGGACCUGAGCACCAUCACCCUCCUAGCGCAGGACGCCCUCGGCGGGCUCGAGGUGUGGGACGACGAGGAGGAAAAGUACGUCGCCGUGCCUGUCCUCAACGACGCGCUGCUCGUCAACGCGGGCAUGUUCCUGGAAAAAUGGACCGGCGGACUGCUGGAGGCCACACCACACCGCGUGCGAAACGUGAAGGAGGGCCGCAGCCGCUGCAGCGUGGUCUUCUUCUGCCUGCCCAACCACGACGCGAAUGUGGAGCCGCUGCUGCAGCAGGAUGAGACCGACGCGCUGGACGCCCAGGAGGAGUUCUACGCCGGGGAUCUGAUGCCAACCUCCCAGUGA